AUGCUGACACGAGAAAACCUGCCUCCACAAGUUGCUCAACGUGUAGCUCGUGAGCUUCAAAAGCUAGUUAUAAAGCCUUUAAAUGGUAUAAAGUACCUUCCGCAGGAAGAGGAGUAUCUCAGUGAGAUCCACGCCGAAAUUCGUGGGCCAGAGGACACCCCCUACGAAAAUGGCUAUUUUACGGUAAAGCUUACGCUUACCGAGAGUUUUCCGGAGCAGCCACCGCGUGGAAUGUUUCUGACCAAGAUCUUCCACCCUAAUGUAUCACAGCCGGCGGGAGACAUUUGUGUCAAUACGCUAAAAAAGACUGGCUGCCGACACUUGGAAUUGCUCAUGUGCUGCAAGUAUUAUGAAGAAUAUGCACGUCGUGCAAAGCUAUGGACAAACAUUCAUGCACCGAAACGAUCAGCUGUUGCGAUUGAAGAAAUUGCAGAGACGACGAGUGGAGAGGAAAAAAAGAAAAACUGUGGUUAUGAUCGAAAUGGUAAAGGCUACCGAUACAAGCGAUCAGCUGAUGCUGCUACUGCAAGCUUGGAGGACAGGAAGGAUACGGCUUUUUCGACAUUGGUGGUGAAGAAACAGAAGAAUGAAAUCGAUGGUGAAGCUUUUCGUAAGGAGAUGAAGAAGGCAAACAAGAAGAAAAGCCUCAAGCGACUGUGA